CAUAUACAGACAAGGUUUAAAAACCAGGACUGUUUGCUUACAGCAGAGGUUAAAUACUAGGACAGUCUUAAGUUGGUAUAUAUGCAAGUGGACAGUAAUAAAACUAGUUAUAAAAAAAAGAAGAAAUACGUAGAGAGUACUGGAGUUUUGAAUAAUUCAGGAUGUUGUUAUUAGGACUAGUUGAAGUUCCACUAUGGCUUGUAUUAAUCCUGAUCCUUACUUUAAUGUUUUAUUUCUACACGGCAAGAAAACAGAGCCUGUUGAAGCAGUACGGGAUACCCGGUCCUAAACCAAUGCCUUUCAUUGGAGGGUUGCCGUAUGUUGUGACCAAAGGAUUGAUGCAGUGUGAAUAUGAGGCAACAAUGGCUCAUGGGAAGGUUGUUGGUUUCUAUCUUGGAAAUAUGCCAACCAUUUUCCUCACAGAACCAGAAAUCAUUCGAGAGAUAUUCAUUAAGAGGUUUACAAGCAUUCACAGCCGGUUAUAUGCAGCUUUAGUGUCAACGUUUUGGGAAAAAACUAUCCUAAACACAACAAAUUAUGACAACUGGCGUUUUUUACGAUCUACGCUAACUCCAUCAUUCUCUAGUGGAAAGCUUCGUAAAAUGGACAGAAUUAUUAUGGACUGUAUAGAUAGGACAAUGGCUAAGCUGUCGGAUACUAUCAAGGACUCAAACGGCACAGUCGAUAUGGUACCCGUCUUUCAGGCUAUGACCCUUGAUGCCAUUUGUCAGGCUGGGAUGGGUGUAAAACUAGACACAGAAAAUGUACAAAAUAAUGAAUUGAGAAAACAGAUUUCCAAUUUAUUGAACUUCAGUAUCGAGUCAGACCCGCUGAUUCUUAUGUCAUUACUAAUUCCAGACAUGGACAAAGUGAUAGACUAUUUUGAUAUUGACAUAAAUGACACUAAAGCAGUUGCUUAUGUAAAACAGUGUAUGGACGUGAUCAUUAAAGAACGUAAGGAAGACAAAACUUCUGAAAGAAUUCAAGACCUUUUACAACUGAUGAUUAAUACAAACUCUGAAAAUAGAAAACAAACUGAUAAGAAUAAGAGAAAUGAACCUCAUGAUGAAUCUAAAGAUGAAGUUGAGACAGAAGCUGAGAAAGAAGAAACUAAUCAAAUGCAGAGAGGAAUGACAGAUGAUGAAAUAGCAGCAAAUGCUAUAAUGUUUCUAUUUGCAGGGUAUGACACCACAUCAACAGCUCUUACUUUUACUUCUUAUUUUCUGGCAUUACAUCAAGAAUGGCAGGAGAAAAUUGUGCAGGAGAUUGACCAAAAACUGGGGGAUUCUAACCCUGAUUAUGACAAUGUCCAACAGUUGACCUACUUAGAUAUUUUUAUAUCUGAAUCCAUGCGCCUAUUUCCACCAAUUACCAAAGUGAAUCGACACCUCGAGGCGGACUGUACAGUCGGAAAGUACACAUUUCCAAAGAACAUUUCCAUCUCAAUUCCAGUGUACACUCUCCAUCGUCUACCGGAGUUUUGGCCAGAACCAGAGAAAUUUGAUCCUGAACGCUUUUCUGCAGAUAAUAAAAUAAAGAUCAAACCCUACACGUACCUUCCAUUCGGUGUUGGACCAAGAAACUGCAUUGGAAUGCGGUUUGCAAUGAUGGAACUGAAGAUGACCUUGGUGAAACUUCUGCAAAAUUUUAGACUCAAACCUUCACCAGGACUGCAGAUACCUCCAAAACUUGCAAAGAAUUUGUUUUGUAAGCCUGUUGAUGGAAUGAAAUUAGUUGUGGAAAAAAGAAAUUGAAAAUACAGAGUGUGUUUCUUCAAUAGAUAUAUUUAGCAAAAUCAUUUUAAGUAUCACUAUAUGUUUGUCCAUAUAUAGGUGACUCUUCAUGAAAAAUUAGUAAUUUCAGUUGACAGCUAGUGCUAGGUACAGAAGAUGCUCUGAUUCUUUGAGCUUCCCUGAUUCUUCAGUGUGCCAGGUGUAAAGUGACUUUUCUCUUCAUUUUGAUCUUAGUAACCAGCGAUUAAACUGGUAACACCUUGGUCAGACUGUUACCGCUGGCCUACUGGCUUUGCUUUGAAGUAGACUGUGAAUGAUGUGUAUGUAUUAUUAUAGUAAUUUCAAAGAUAAGUGAUAAUUUCGGUUAACAUUGAAAGGUUGACGGACCAUUGUGACAGUCAAAGCCUGAAAAAAGGUACUUUGAAAGGACAGUUGCAUUGAAUAUAAUUUUGUGCAAAUUGUGUGAAAAGAUUUUAUUUUAAAUAUGAAUUUGCUUUAAAAAUUAUGUUUAAUUUUACUUCCAAAUACCUUUGUUCAAAGUGUGGCAGACACAUUUUUUGUUAUGAAUAUAAAACGUAUCAUCUUGUUACACCGUAUUUUCGAUAAUUAUUGUCUUACAUAUUUUGUCAUAAGAUUGAAUGUUUGAUUAACAUAUAGUAAGUAUUAUUGAAUGCAUUGAUUUUAUUACCUCCCUUUAUGGCUCAGUACAUGUGUGAUAUUGAAAGUGGUGUUUUACUGACAGUUGAUUAUGCAUGCAUGUAUUUUCUAUUUGGACAGCUGC